GCAGCGGGCCACCUUAGGUGGGCCCCAUCGACCAUAGGCCGACCGUUUGCUUCUUCGGAAUGGUUUCAUCAGACCCAGCACACAUAGCCGGACCUGACUGACACGCAACUCUAUUAAUGGAUUUUUUUUCUUUGGAAGGCAAACUGUUUAUCAAAUCCUGCCUCGGGUGAAUCAGCUGGACAAAUAGGGACCACUGAGACUAUAUCACCCCCGAGCACGGUUGAGCAAUAGACUGCACCAAUCGACAACUUCAUCCGUGGUGCAAUGUUGAAUCAACUGCCAUGCCUGCCAACUCCGAAAAGCUUUAUAACUGUCUGCGACACCGCCUUCCCGUCUGCAGACAUAGUUUGCUGGUGGAGCUAGGUGUCAACCCAACAUGGAAUCGCUGCGUUACAUUUGCUGGAUGUUCUGUCUCGUGCAGAUCGCUACCGUCAAGGGCCGACCGGACUUUGGCACUUCCUUCCAAUUCUCGGCUUCCUCUACCAUCGGCCGGAUAUCGGGUGAGAUAUCCAGCCUGUUUGCCACGAUCGAUGAUACGCUAAACUUCAUGAUCUCCGGCGCGAUCCCCGACAGUGCAAUGAAGCGCGAGCUGAUGGCAGCGUUUACCGAAGACUUUUCGAUCAGCGCAAAAGCCAUCACAGACCUGCUCCAGGAGGCUCCUAGUAGUACGUCCAGCAUGGACACAACAUUGAGUACGGUCCGCACGGCCUACAACAAUUUCACGACCUAUUAUAACGCCAAUGCAAACAGUUUUCUGCAGAGCACCUCGCAAAGCUUUGGUAACUAUCUAACCACGGAGCUUUACAGUGGGUUGGAACACUUUAUGCAAGGCAUUUUGCCACUGUCAACUGCCCUGGGCAUGCUGCAAACAUCGCUCGAUAGUGCCUCCGCGGCUGAGGAUGUACCGAGCGAACGAUUCCGAAUGCUUGUCCGGGCUUUGCGACUCUUGAAGGCGCACGUCCCGCUCAUGGUCUACUCAUUCCAGCGGGUCGGUGUGAACCUUCAAACGGCAGACACAUUUUACGCCACCUUCAAGCAACACCAGCAACAGCUGCCGGCUGAAUUUAUGGCCGAAACGGUUGCCUUCAGCGCGGAGCUGUCCACGAUGGAGGAAGCCGUUGAGGCGAAGCUGAGUGGUGUCGAGGAAUCGUUCAACUACACCGUCACUCAGAUCGAAACCGAACUAACCGGGGAUGUGCAGAACCAGGUCGGGUUUAUGCAGUUUCAGACCGCACUGAAAACCUUCGCCAGCCUGCGUUCCUCGUUUGUAAAGAACCUGAAAGAGUCGAUAGUAGUAGGAAGCACGGCCUACCGCGCAUCGGUGGUGGCUUUAGUCAGCCAAACGUAUUACUUCGAUAGCUCCGUCCCGCUGGACUCUGCGGCCCUAGACCUGGUCACGCUUCUCAUCCAGUCCAACGUGUUCGACAAGGUGUGCUACAACAAAUUUGCCGCCCUGGUGGCCGAUCUUCCCACUUUGGGACCGAUUCGAUUAGCCGAAUGUCUCAAUACGGAGCUGCCAAGGUUACGCAAACUGGAGGCAAUGAUCGAAACGUACGGGCUAAUGGUGUCGUACGAUGAUAAGGAUCUGUGGCACAACUUGAGACCCUGCCGAAGUGAAUUUGCCGCAAGCAGCUGUAUAUCCGAGGUCGGCGCAUUCUAUCCCCGACUGGAGGCUGCACGCGACGAUGACGGUGAGACCUGGGCUGGAAACUUCUUCACAGCGGCAUUAUCUGCCAGCCUGCACCGAAUCGGGCUCUGCUUCCUCAAGACGAAUUUCUUCACAUUCCAAAGACAGGUGCCUACUUUUAAACGAAACAUUGCGAGUUGCUUCAGUGGAUUGUAAUGAGCUUGUGGCCGUAUCGAUUGCCGAAGGAUUUAAUAAA